CAGAGGUUUGGGGGCCCGGGUCAGGAGAAGGUGUGCAGCUGAUGCCCCUCCUAACACAACGUGAUGCUGCAGCCGUGUGUACGCAGCCGCUGCACGCCGGCGUCUCGGAUCAGCCGACAGCUCUGUCGAUACUUCAACAAGAAACGACUUAACAAGGCUAAAAUUCCUUCGCCUCUUUGGGGCUGGUAAAAGGGAAAAGGCGGCUCCACUCCUGGACCUCCGAGCAGACAGAGGAGCUUCGGUAAAACGGUGCCAGUGCUCGCUGUGUCUGGCGCACGCUGGCCUCUGCAGGACGAUGAGGCGUGAAACUGUUUCAGAACUUUUUCUGUGCCUUGUGGUUUUACUUCCUAACGCAAUGCAAGCUCAAACAGUGCUCCCUCCAGAGUGUGCACCGGGCGGCCAUUCCGUCCUUCAGAACCCCUACCGCAGCACCACUUUCAGGUCCAGCUGGCUGCAGCAGUCGGCCCUGCAGGACUUCGUCUGUGACCACUCCCUCACUCCAGGCUGGUACCAGUUUCAGAUUUUUGAUAAGCCAGCUAGUAUGCCCACCCACUGUGUGGAGGUGAACCACUGUGGUACCCAGGCCCCGGUGUGGCUGUCUCUCAGUGAGGGUGAGUCCCUGCCUGGGUCCCUAGAGGUCAGACAGCUGACGGCCUGCGCUGCCUGGCAGUUGUUCCCGAGCAGCAGCAAAGACUGCUGCAUGUUUCGCAUCCCGGUCACCGUUCGCAACUGUGGAGAUUUCUACAUUUACCUGCUCCAGCCCACUCAGGGAUGCAUGGGAUACUGUGCUCAAGCAGAGACGUCAGACUCUUUACCCACAACGCCGCGGACCUGUGGCUCGAUUGAGGCGAAUGCUGAUGGAGCGUGUAAAACCAAGCAGCCUCCCACUCCAUCUCUACCAGUGAUAGUCUUUGAGGUGACAGGUAACACUAUCUACCUGAAGUGCAGCUUUGAAAGCAAUUCCAACAGCUCCCUGGGUUAUGUGGUGGCUUGGUCCCGCCUCUCGCCCGAGGGCAGGAAGGAGGAGCUCAAACAGGAGAUCACCAUCCAGACCUCAGCCUUCAUUGAGCUGGAUGGCUUCAACCUCCGUCUGGGGGACAAGAUUUACUGCUCCAGCUCCAGUUUCUUCUUGGACUUGCCGGACAUCCGGGGAGAUUCAGUGGAAAGUCAGGAGUUCUUUGCUGGGAUUAGACUAAGACCAGAGGUGAGCAUUAUAUCUGAGGAUGGGAGAAUGCAUGAGCUGGUAGUUGAGAGCACAGUUCCUGUCCCAUGUCAGGUAGAGUCUUCCUCCUCAAGAGAACGGUGCACUCUGUCCCUUCAGCUCAGCACAAGCAGUCAAGAUAAUUUGUUGGAUGCAGAUCUGUCUCUGUCCUCCUGUGUGUUGGAUUUGUCCCGGAGCCCCUGCAGGGACGGGGUUUGUAGCCGGGCUCUGGUCUACUUCAGCUCCAUCACUGACUUUGUCAAAGAUGACAACAGGGUGACUCACAUCUCUGUCAAACCUAUCACCACACACAGUUUUCUUUGGAACGGAUACUCACCAGAACCUGUUCAGAUAAGGGUAAAGGAUGUUCCUUCAGCCUACUGCUACUCUUUCACCGAUCCUCACAUAAUCACGUUUGAUGGCAGGCUCUAUGAGAGCUACCAGAUAGGUACCUUUGUUCUGUAUAAGAGCACUUUCUGGCCGUUUGAGGUGCACGUCCGUCAGUGGGAGUGUGGCAGUGUGCUGCACGCUGCAGCGUGCGUGUGCGGCUUUGUGGCGAGGGAUGGUGGUGAUGUUAUUGCAUUUGACAUGUGCAAUGGAGAAAUGGGUGAAACCAAGCCUCAUCUGUCUGUGAAGAGCAGAGACCUGAGCAGGAGUGGCAUUCGAAUCACAGAGUCCUACCAGGGACGCAAAGUCACUAUGACCUUCUCAUCAGGAGCCUUUGUUCGUGCAGAUGUGUCUGACUGGGGAAUGAGUCUGACGCUGAGAGCCCCCAGUUCAGACCGCAGCCACACUGAGGGCCUGUGUGGGACCUAUGACGGACAGCCAGACAAUGACUUCCAUUCAGCGGGGGGUGUCACAGUGGAGGAUCUGCAUGCUUUUAUCUCUGAAUGGAGACUCCCUCCAGGCACCAGCCUGUUUGACACCACGCCAUCCCACCUGAGUACAUUGAGCCCCCGCAUGCACUGUACCUGUCAGACAGAGUCACGCCUCACAUCUCCCAGAGCUCGAUCUCAACCAGUCACCUCCUCUGACUCUACCUGCUCUCGUCAUGGCAAUGUGCAUCUCCUCAGUGUCAUUCCCACUCUGGACGUCACAGCUGAGUACAUUGGCUCAGUGGAACUACUCAAAGGUGAAAGAAAUGAAAGACAGUCACAGCCUCUGGGCCGCUACAGGCAGAACACUCAGGAACGAGGUAGCCACAUCCAACCUCAUGAAAGAGGCUUCCCUUUGAGAACCUCCAGGGAUGGAUUUUCAACCUCAGCUCACUACCAGCAGCACAGAAGCAGGCUGCAGACCCACCAUUACAUCUCUAACUCCCCUCACCAAAGCCUCAGCCAGUCUGAUCUCGAUGGCUUAACCUACUUUUUCCCAGAGGACCAUGAACCGGCAGUUCAACCAGUCUCUUCCCUAACAUGGCCGACACCUUCCGGCCUGACUGAGCAGCAGGCUAGGACUCAGUGCCAGCAGACUGUGGCCAACUCAAACACAGCGUUAGGUUGUAGGCGCCUGCUAGAAGAGUCAGUAGUUAAUCUAACAGUGACUAUGUGUGUUACUGACCUACAACUGAAGGAUGAGCUGUCAUGGCUAAAUGCCACGUUACCGCUGCUGGAGAACGAGUGUGAGAGGAGGGUGGUGGAGGAGAGGAGAAGAGGGGAAGUGUACCAAGAUGUUCUGGCUGCCCUCAAGUGUCCCAAUCUGUGCAAUGGGAAUGGCCAGUGCUCCGAGUGGGGUUGUGUGUGCUUCCCAGGGUUUGGGUCCUAUGACUGCAGUGACCUGUCUGACCAGAUCCCAGAAAUCACUGAGUUGGAGAAAGGGGGUCUGUGUGAUGUCCGACAGAAAGACUGCACCACCAUCCAGGUCUACGGUCAAGGCUUCAAGGACUCUUACGAGCUCAAGUGUGAGUUUGUUAAAGAAAAGUUUGUGGAUGGGGAGUGGAUUCUGGAUGAGCCCCUGUUUGUCCUGGCCACCUUUCUGGAUGUGACUGCUCUGGAGUGUCAGCUCCCCCUAGAGGAUAGCCAGGCUUCUGCAGGCCUGGCCCUGGAAACAGCAACAGACAGACCACUGGCCCGCUACCAAAUCAAAGUGUCCAAUGAUGGCUACAGCUACAGCAACACCAAGAUUCUGACUCUGUACGAUGGAGCCUGUCAUAUCUGUAGCCUCAACACUGAAGUUUUCUGUGCACUGAGGGAGAAAAGCUGCAUCAUUGACGGUGUGUGUUACAGUGAAGGAGAGUCCAAUCCCAGCAGUCCUUGCCUCACAUGCCGCCCAGACUCCUCCAAACACACAUGGUCCAUAGCAGAAAAAAACGAACCCCCGGUUGUGCAGUCGCUGCCAUUUCGUGUCCAAGCCUUCCAGGGGGAGAAUUUUAUUUACCAGCUACAAGCUCAGGACAGGGAGGGCUCUGCAGUUCUCUUCACCCUGAUAUCAGGUCCUGAGGGUGCGACUCUGUCUCCAGCUGGCCUGCUGAUGUGGAAGGCCACUGCUGAAGCCAGAGAUACACACGUUUUCCAGUUUUCUGUGACAGACGACUGUGACGCUGAGACCAGAGCCUCAGUAGAGCUGUCCGUGCGUUCCUGUGACUGUUUGAAUGGAGCUUCCUGUGUAACCAAUGUCAACCUCCCUGCUGGCAGUGGGGAAUACCUGUGUGUAUGUCCUGAUGGAUUUAAAGGGGAGCAGUGUGAGGUGGACAUUGAUGACUGUAAACCCAACCCCUGCAGACUGGGCCGCUGUAUUGAUGGCCCCAACUCCUUCUUCUGUAUCUGCCCGCCUGGAAUGACAGGCCAAACAUGUAGAGAAGAUAUAGAUGAGUGCGUCUCUCAGCCUUGUUUCCCUGGAACGGGCUGUAACAACACACUGGGCUCCUUCAUCUGUGGAGUCUGCCCACAAGGAUACAGCGGUGAUGGAAAAAGCUGCACUCGUAACCAUGACUCUUUGGUCAAAGCAGUGACCACACCACCAAGAGUACUGCAGGAUGCACUGAGGCCCAGACCCCCUGGCCCUUCCCCGUGCAGCAGGAGGCCGUGUCACCCGGGGGUUCAUUGUUUUGAGAGCAUCCAUAUCUCUGCAGGCUUUGUCUGUGGGCCUUGCCCUCCAGGUCUCCAUGGAAAUGGACAAACAUGCACAGCAACAGGUCAGGGAGCAGAUAUUCCCAUCACGAAAUCAAAUUCCAUCAAGAAAAUGACCCCCAUCUCCUCCUCGUCUUCGUUGUCUCUCACCUCACCCAGACGACCCCCUGACAGGAUGACUAGACCGGACGCCACCUUCUCGACUAUCAGGAGAGUUUCUUCCAUUGACAGAAAGAUCAUAGCAACCCCACUGAAUCAAACUGCAACCAGAGUCUUUCCCCCAACUGUCUAUAGAGGUCAACCCAGUGGUGUGGAGCUGACCCCGCACCUCACCACCAGGGUCAAAUUGGGGUCACCAUCUGACCAUGUGACCUGUGCUGACUCUCCUUGCUUCCCUGAUGUUCCCUGUGAACCAACUGAAACCGGGUCCUUUAGCUGUGGACGCUGCCCAUUUGGCUACACUGGGGAUGGAGUCACAUGUAAAGCUGUGUGCAGGUAUCAGUGUGGGAGGAACAUGGAGUGCACUUUGCCCAACACCUGCACCUGCAAGGAAGGAUACACCGGGUACGACUGUCACAUAGCUUUGUGUCGGCCUGACUGCAAGAACCAUGGUAAAUGUGUGAAACCGAAUGUUUGUGAAUGUCCUGCAGGCUACGAUGGGCCCACCUGUGAGGAAGCAAACUGCAAGCCACCUUGUCAGCAUGGAGGCACCUGUCUGGCCAGAAACCUGUGUACCUGCCCUUAUGGCUACGUGGGACCCAGAUGUGAAAUCAUGGUGUGUAACAGGCACUGUGAAAAUGGAGGCGAGUGUGUUUCUCCUGAUGUCUGUGAAUGCAAACCUGGCUGGUACGGACCAACAUGUCACUCAGCUCUCUGUGACCCUGUUUGUCUGAAUGGAGGAACAUGCACUAAACCCAACAUCUGUACCUGUCCCAGUGGCUUCUAUGGCUCUCAGUGUCAAAUUGCUGUGUGCAGUCCUCCUUGUAAGAAUGGAGGUCAGUGUAUGAGGAACAAUGUGUGCUCCUGCCCUGAAGGCUACACAGGAAAAAGGUGUCAAAAGAGUGUGUGUGAGCCAGUGUGCAUGAACAAAGGCAAGUGUGUAGGACCCAACAUAUGCUCCUGUGCAUCUGGAUGGAGAGGGAGGAGGUGUAACAUACCUGUCUGUCUGCAAAAGUGUAAAAAUGGUGGUGAGUGUGUGGGACCAAACACCUGCCAGUGUCCCGUUGGCUGGGAAGGCCUUCAGUGUCAAACGCCGGUUUGUAAACAGCGCUGCCUGAACGGAGGGAGGUGUGUGCUGCCUGACUACUGCCACUGUCGGAAAGGCUACAAAGGUCUCACCUGCGCAAUUAAAGCAUCACUGGCAUAAAGGAAAAGGGAUGAAAGAAGCUACAGAAUGUACAAAGCAAAGAAGAGUGCACCAUAAGCUGUGUGUAUGAGAAUGUGUUUGUGUACGUGUGUGUUGGUGGAUAUUAGCGUGGUUUUUUUUUUUUUUGCCCUGUGCACAUUGGAAUGCUAACGGAGGGGACCUGAUGUAUUGCACUUGUCUUUUUGUCCCUGUAUAUCACUACCUCAAAGCUCGAGGCAACACACAUCUGAUAAAUGCACCAGUAGAGACUAUACAGAUGUAUGAGUGUUGCUGCACAGUAUUAUGUAAAAUAAGUGACAAAUGAAUCAAUUUCAAUAAUAAUUCAUCCAUGAGCUGUAGGUUAUUACCAGCAGGCUUUUAGUUUUUCCAGUUCAGCCAAAUUCUACUUGUCUAACAUUUACCAAACAGAUGUGCACUUUUUCUUAAAAUAAAUGCAAGUGUGCUUCUUAAUUGCGCCCGAUUUAGAUGGUACACAUCUAAAACUCAUUUUAGACUGAAGACAUCAAUAUGAGUAUGUUGCAGUUUAACAGAAAUUCUACUUGUGUAUUUUUCCUUACUCCUUUUGUUAAAAUGUUCUAUUCGGCCUGUUUUUAACAGCUGGACUUUGUUCCCAUUUACACUGAUACCAAACAUAUCAAAGUGACGACUAUCUCUUGGAGUCCUGUGUAGGGACUGUUUUAUAGAACCAUUUCUGUCAUCACCAGAUUAAACUGUUAAAUAAAGAAA